AUGAAUCUUCAUAAAUCAACAGCAUGCAUCAACAUCAUUCUAUCGAGAAUUUUGGAUUUGGCUCCUAACUCGAAAUCGCGGGAUCCAAAUUGCCUAUCUAAAUUGCGUGCAUUGAAGGAGGUGAUAUUGCCAGCUGUUUUAGAACCAUCUAAUAUAAGACGCUAUGAAGUCAGUUCAGAUAUCCUCGAUUUUGAGUGUAUCGAAAGUAAGGUUAUUUUUGAAAAGAAUAUCUAA